AUGGCUCGUGCCAAGUCUAGCUCUAGCUGCUCAGGCCGCGGUGGCGCCAGCCUCGCGCUGCGCAUUGCCACGGUGGCGCUGUCGGUGGUGUCGGCGGCGGCGGCGGUGUGGCUGGAGGCGAGCGGCAGGGCCGGGGAGGCCAAGGCGGCGGCGUCGCUGGCCGAGCUCGUCGACACGGCGGCGCAGGUGCUGCUCUACUCGUCGGCGGCGCUGUCGUUCGCCGUCGACGACUUCGGCACCUGCGGCCGGAGGGUCGCCGGCGUCUGCGCCGCGGCGGGUGCGUUCUGCCUGCGGGUGCGCGCCUCCGGCGCCGCCUCGCUGUCCGCCGGCGUCGCCUUGUCGGUGUCGCUGUACUUGAAGGACGUGCCGGUCUCCGACGAACGCAAGCCGGAGCCGAGAUGUGGCCAUGGCUGCCAUUGCCACCAUUAG